GAUCGACAUCACACGCUGGGUGCAGUUGAUCGCGGGCGUGCGUUACGAUCGUUUCGACCUGACCGCCACCGACCAGAACACCUUCACCCAGCGCAGUCGCGUCGACAACAAGCUCUCGCCGCAGGCGGCCGUAAUCGUCAAGCCGAUCGACAGUCUGUCGAUCUACGGUGCCUACAGCAUCUCGUAUCUGCCGGCGUCCGGCGAUCAGUUCAGCUCGCUGACCGCAGCCACGCAGAAUUUCGAGCCGCAGAAAUUCGAGAACACGGAAGUGGGCGUGAAGUGGAACAUCCUGCCGCGCCUGCAAUACACCGCGGCGCUUUAUCACCUCAACCGCACCAACGUGCCGGUGACCAACCCCGACGGCUCCUCCAAUCCGAUCCCGAGCGGCCGCCAGGAGAUCAACGGCUUCGAGACCGCGCUGAACGGCACGAUCACCAAUGAUUGGCAGGCGACGCUCGGCUACGCCUAUACCGACGCGCGGGUCACCAGCCAGUCGACGCCCACCAUCGUGGUGGGCAACCGCGUUCAGCUGGUUCCCUACAACCAGGUCUCGCUGUGGAACAAAUACCAGAUCAAUCCGAUGUGGGCGGCGGCCGUCGGCGUGAUCUAUUUCGGCGACUCCUACGCGUCCUCUGACGACACCGUCCGGCUGCCGGGCUUCGUGCGCGUCGACGCAGCCGUCUACCUCAAGAUCAACGAGCAGUGGCGGGCCCAGCUCAAUGUCGAGAACAUCUUCAACAAGGGUUACUGGGCCUCGGCCGACGGCAACAACAACAUCUCGCCCGGCGCAUCGCGCACCUUCCGGGUGUCGGCGGCCGCGAAGUUCUAGCUGAUGGCGCCAGGCAUGGCGUCGUCGCAAGGAAGCGAAGCGGCGCCAUGCCCCGGAGCAUGGACAUCCCUCCCCCAAAAAUCCGGCUUGCCGGCGACUCGCGACGCAUUUAUGACGCGUUAAUCACUCGUUAACCACGUCGACCUAGCCUUGGCAGACCUGAGUCUGUCUCUUAUACACAUCUAGAUGUGUAUAAGAGACAGAAGCUGCCCCUUCGCGCCCCGCCGAUACCCAUGAUUCCCGCACCGGCACUGUGGGACAUUUCGCCAACAGCACCUCGAGCGCGACCAAGACCAACACGCCGCUGCUGAACAUCCCGCAAUCGGUCAGCGUGCUGACCAAGCAGUUCAUUCAGGAUCAAAACCCCCAGGGCAUCACCGACAUCACCCGC